GACAGUGGCUCGGUCGACCGAUGACAGUCGAGGCGUCAGUCCUCAGAGCGCCAGCGUGCCGUGUGGAGCGGUCGCGCGCGUGUUACGUGCGGAGCAGCACGGCGAUCGCGUGGACGGCCAACUGUCAAACUCUACGCGUGUCGUUUCGGUGAUUCCGGUGAAUCUCCGUUAGUGAAUCAUCAGAUCGUCUACUCUGUGGAGUUAAGUGACACGUUAUCGCGCGUGAUUUUCUUUUUUUAUAUAUACAAAUCCCCGUCGUGCGAUUUCUAUAAUCAGACAUAAUCGAACUUUUCGUAAGAUGCGCGUCAUCGGUGUUUCAAAAUCGACGUCACGCGGUUUCUAUCGAGCGGUUUCUACCGACGUUCGACACACGUAUGCGAAUGAUUCAUAGAGGAAGAGAGAGUGCACUUUGUUUUUGUUCCUGAAGAGUGACACGAGAGACAGCGAGAUGACGGAGCUCGCCAAGGAGGCGUUCACCUCGCGCAACUACCACCUGGCGAUCGAGUUAUACGAGCGAUGUUUGAAGCAGCAGGGACCGAAUUACGAGGUGCUGCUCGGCUACGGCGAUUCUCUGGCUAAAUGCGGACGCGUGAGAGAGUCCCUUGGGAUCUACUCCAGGUGUUUAGCCGCGACUUCAGUGCCGGCCGAGAGACUGAAGCACCUGGCGACCGCGCUCUUAGAGGAUAUGGCCGGCGCCGGGACGACCUCCAGACGGAGAAUCGAGAUAUCUUUCGCGUGUCCUCAAUGUGAAGGCACUCUCUGUCAACCGGUGACCGUCGGUUGCGGUCACACGUACUGCAGAAACUGUGUGGAUCCGGCGAAAAAUUGUCGUGUGUGCGGUAUUAAAAUUGCUACUGUGGGUGAAACAAAUGUGCUCGUGCAAAGACUUGUGGAAAAAUGGUGGCCGAGAGAAGUGGAGGCCAGUCGGGCAAGACACGAGGGUGAUAUUCUCAUGCGGAAGGGUCACCUAGAUCAAGCACUCGACAGAUACAACCUAGCAGUUCAUCUCGCGCCGAAUAGCCCGCUCCAUCUUAGCAACAGAGCUUACAUCUUGCUCUUGUUGAAUAGGCCUUCAGCCGCUCUCACGGACGCUGAUCACGCAGUUAGAUUGCGACCAGACUGGGGCAAGGGUCACUAUAGAAGAGGAAUCGUUUUGUCGGCGCUUGGAAGACAUGAAGAAGCGCUCUAUGCUCUCUGCAUCAGCGUGGCCAUUGACAAAAAUCCACAAGCUAUACGUCAUGAAUUAAUCAAGGUCCUGCACAGAGUAUUGUCGCCAGGAGUACGUCGACAGAAUGUCCUGUCAUCACGCACGCCGUACAGUCUAACAAAGAGCGCGUCACGCACGAGGAAUCGUCGUCAACUAAUUAAUUCUAAGCGUAGCCGACGUGCUGCCUUGAACAGGUCUGAUUGUGAGGACAACAGCAGCGGUGAAGAGGAAUUCACUCAAACGAUAAAUAGGAGACUUCGGUCCUCCAUCGCGCCACAGGUGAAUACGAAGCUGCAGAUGAGUCUGGAUCGUGUGUAUCAGGACAUAGAGAAACUGAAAAGAAUCGAGCCGAGACCCGCUGAAAUCCUGUUGCCGCCUCUUUCCGGCAGCACCGUGGCGGAAUUGGACUGCAUUCUAUGUUGUCGUCUGCUCUGGAAACCUGUCACAACACCAUGCGGUCACACCUAUUGCUGGAUGUGCCUGGACCGUUGCCUGGAUUACUCCUCGGCUUGCCCUUUAUGCGUCACAUCUUUGGUUGACUAUUUAGCCAGUAGCCAGAAAACCGUGACGGAUUUCGUGGAGAGAGCGCUUAAAACAGUGGCACCCGCGGAAUAUACCUCCAGAGCGGUGAGUCAUCAACUCGAACUGGUCCAGGGACUCGGUCUUUUGGGUAAUGAGCAGAUCGCCGUCUUUAUCUGCACGACCGCCUUCCCCUAUGUCGCCUGUCCCCUCUUUGUUUACGAGCCUAGGUACAGGCUGAUGAUUAGAAGAUGCAUGGAAAGUGGAGUACGCCAGUUCGGAAUCGCUGCGUGUCUCAACAAGGAGGCGACGGGUGCGAAAAGAUACGCGGAAUACGGCACUAUUUUGGACAUUCGAGAUCGAGUAUUGCUCAAAGAUGGCUGUAGUAUUCUUAGCACGGUCGGUGGUAGAAGAUUUAGGGUACUUUCCGGAGGAGAAAAGGACGGUUACGACACGGCACAGGUGGAAUUUCUCAGGGACACCGUCGUACCAGAGGAUCAAUUAUUGAAUCUCCUGGAACUUCACGACAAAGUACGAGCGAAAGGCCGAAGGUGGUGGGAUACAGUGCCGAUCUCUCAGAAAUCCGAAAUUCAACGGGUGUUUGGACGCAUGCCGGAUACAGAAGAAGACUGGUCGCGUCUGCCGGACGGUCCGUCGUGGGCGUGGUGGUUGCUCGCAAUUCUACCGCUGGGACCGCAAUUGCAGGUGGGCAUUCUGGGUACCACCAGUCUGGAGAAGCGGUUGCGAGCUAUCGAGAAGACCCUCGAUCACAUGGAGCAGAGACAGCCGACGGUCGCGGCCGCUCCUUCCGAACAGACGACGACAUCGUCGAGCAUCUGUAGAGACGGAAGAGCAAUCACGGAGACGGCGAUGUCGGUCAUUCAACAAUCGUAGAAUGCAACGAAUGCGUCUCGAUACUCUUGGAAGCAACCAAUGUCAUUCUGUGGCUUGGAAAUGGGCAAAAAUUUAUCUAUUGCAUUUUGCGAACUCUAAAUUGCAAAAUAUAAUAAAAUAAUUAAUAAAUUCACGAGACAUUUAAAGAUUGAAAAAAUAAAAUUAUAAAUAAUUCUUCAAUUAUUCAAUCAGACAAGCUUUGAUAUAUGUGUUAUAUGUAGAAUCGGUUAAAACGCAAUGUCAAAUUUUUUGAGUUUAAAUUUUAAAAACUGAAUGGACGUCCCGUUUGUACUCGUUCAUUUUUAAUUUGACAAUUGCAUUUAUAAUUCUAUAGCUUUGACCUUAUUGCAAUCUGAUGCAAAACACGAAGUUUCUCUGCGUUCAAGUCACAGAAAGACAUUUGUUUUAUUUACUCUUUAAACUAUAAAUACCUGUAGUCGAUCGAAUCUUUUUUCUACGUUGAUCUCUCGUCCGUUGCCUCCGCGAUGUGAUUUUCGUUUGACCCUUUGACUUCACUCGACGUACAAAAUAGGACGUAUAAACUCUUGGGAUGUCCCGUAAGAAAAUUGGGUCAAUCGAUUCGUAAACACAUCUGUCCCUCAAUUUUGUUCGGCGGAGGGUUUCGAGCGACUCUUUUUUUCUUUUCUUAGGUCUAAUAAAUAAAUUUUUACAGGUGUUAUUUACCAAAAUUUUAAUGGAUUUUGGAGAUGUUAUGGAAUAACGCAAAAAAGAAAACAAAAAAUUAUUGUUAGAUAGUUAUGGUUAUAAAUUAGAUAUAACAUGGAGCGUUUUCAGCUUAUUUCCCGAAAACGCAAUGUUAUAAAGUAUUAUAAUUUAAUUAUAUACAAAUUCAAUUAUAACUUAUAAUUAUAUAUAACUAUUCAAUUAUAUAUUUAUAUACAUUUGAAUUUGUUAAAGAGAGAAUUUAAUCGUUGUCUCAAGAAGAAAUUCAAAUUUACAAAGAAAAUGCAAUAUUUAAAAAAUACAUUUUCAAAAAACUCAAUCCUCAAAUGCGCGCAAAAGUACUUAUUAGAAAAAUAAUAUUUCUUAUUUUGAGCUGUCCUCUAAUAUAUCUAAAACCCAUCAAAAUUGGCGAGUAACACUUCAAAAUAUUUCCUUGUAAGUUAACUUCCAAUCCGAGCACUUUGCACCGUGCUCGUUAAAUCCGCUGAGCGCCUUAUCGACGAAACGACAAAAAGGAGUUCACUUACAUAUUAGAAUAUAACAAUAAUAAUUAUUAUUGUGGUUAUAUUGUAAUCUAAAACAUUAACUUGUGCAUUAUUUGUUUUUACGCAACAUAUUAUACAAUACGCUAUUUUGCUAUUUUGUGUUAAAUCAUAUUAAUAUGAUUACAUGUGAUAGUUUCCUGUUUAUGUUCUGGAAUUGCGAUACGAAAGAGUAGCGUCAAUUCUAAAUUUAAUAAAAAUUUGGGUCAUAGUGGUGCUCAAUGACAUAUCUGAGAGACUAUAAGACAUCAUGUUUUCUCGAUAAGGCGUUUCAAUCCUCUUCGCGCUAUCGCAAUGUGCAAAUCUGUUCUUCCAAAAUAUUAUAUGAAUAUAUAUUAUGUAUAUCUAUAUAUAUAUGUAUAUGUAUACACACAUAUUUAUGUAUACACAUUCGAAAGCAUACACGUGACAAUCGGAAGUAAGCCGUCCCGCUUAAAACAUUUUACUGUGUCAAAGUACAUAAAUAAUAUUCAAAUGUAACACAUAGCGGACCGAAUAUAAAGUUUAACGAGACUCUCAUCUCGAUAUAAUGCACGUGCAUUAAAUGAUUUUUACAUUAUUAGUCGGAUAAUGACAAUUUUUAUUUUGCUAAAACUGCAAUCAUGUUUCGAAUUAAUUUCGAUCGGGAUUAUUUUCUGCAAUUAGUUUAUAUAUAUAAUUUAUAAUUCUAAAAAAUCUCGUUAAAUUUCCAUUAAGAAAAUAUGCAUUGUUUAAUGUUUCGAUAACUAAUAUUUCAUAUGCCACAUGCAUGUUAAGGAGCUCGCUUCCGUUUCACGUAAAUGCAUCAAAAUCUCGUGCACGAAAAUUCGUAAGCGAAUGCACCAAACAAAAAUUUAUCUUGUCAGUGAAAAUGCUCAUAACGCGAAGUAAACGCUUGUGCAUAAAAAUUAUACUUUUACUUAUCGUUAAUAUAAUCAGAACUCAUCCUUUCAAAAUUCUGAUAACGACACAAACUAUCUACAUCUAUCAUUUCUGUUAUAAAAUCUCAAUAUGUGCGCAUUAGCAUAUGUAACUCUAUCUUAUAACUGUGAGAACGCCUAUUGUUCCACAUUUUAUUAGAACAAUAAUCUACUUUUUCUCUUUUCUCUCAGUUUCUUUAAAAACUUGAACAAAAAUGUUAAAUGAUAUAAGAAAAGUAAAGCUCAUACGUAAAUUUCUAUCAUUUAUCCUUCGUCAAAUGGAUGUUUCUAAGAUAUCAUGACAAAAAUUAUUAGCGUUAUUGAAAGAUUUUUUUUACUAUCAAUUUGCGAUAUAAUGCCACAUACAACGUGUACACUGCGACACAUUUGUAUACAUUUAUUGGUGCAAUCGCUCUACGAACGUUUCACGAGGCUGCCGGUACAAUCAUUCUACAAUUACGCAAGUACGAUUGUAGAAAGAAGUUUGAUAUUUCGAAGUGUAUUUGAGUAUAUUUGGACAAGCGUAAAUAUUCUCGGACGAAAACGAGAUUCUUUUCGUCUCUUCGACAUCGUUGCACGACCGUGGAUCACGGGAAUUUUCCGGAUCGGACUGAUGAUCGCCGUGCAGAAUUUACACAACGACGAUUGGUUCGCGUGUCCCGCGGCCCGAAAUCCCGAAAUCUUUUUAUACCGCUUAGAUUUAUUUCUUACGUUUUUCUUAGGUAAGACUUUUUGAUUAUGCUAGCACAUAAUAAUUUAUUUUCACGCGGCUUUUCGUACCGUCGAGAUGCAACAAUCGCCUGAGGAGCUAGAAACGUCAUAUCAAUUGCGCAAUCAAGUAUUCGUGAGAAACAUAGGUAGCGUGUCGUUAUUAUUAUCGCAAUAAAUCAUUUAAAGAGUCUAGUCGAAAAGGGGAAUAUUUGAAAAAGAAAACACGACAAAAAGGAUUGGCGAAUGAUAGCGCGUUGCGCGCGGCUAAAUCGCUGCACGAUCCGGGUAGGCCAGCGGCGUAUCGCAACGAAAAAUAACAAGAUCCAGCCUCACGCGCCGUUUCUGCCCGCUCAUUGCUCGCGUGUUAUUUCUCUCUAUUGUUUUUCAUUGCCGUGCGAUACGCUGCUGAUCUACCCAAAUCGUGCAGCCCACGAUCAAGCCACGCGCAACGCGCUAUCAUUCGUCCUUUUGAAUAUCUCAAUUAUUGCGACAAUUGCAAAACGAUAAAUAACUUUUCGGUUUAUCACGCUCUACCUAUACACGAGCGUUUGGACGAACAUUAUAAAACAUCUUGUGUAAUAAGACAUCAAGUUUAUUUAGAAUACUUUACUCAUCGUACAUAUUGGAAUAAUUUUUUGUAAAUGUUGGGCAUAUUUGUGAUACUAGUUUACAUAAUAUGUAACUAACCGAAUUUUUCCAGGAUGAAAAGUACCUCAUUCCUCUAUUAGCUCUUUCAAAUGAAUCAAUAAGUAUAAAUUUA